AUGCUAGGUAUUACAGAUUGGUUAUUUAAUAUAAUCAUACCAGCAUUUUCGAUUGCUGUAGCAAAUGUAUUACUAAUUAUUCGAGUAAUAUGUCGUUCAACCUUAGUAAGAUAUAAUGCUGAGCGAACGAAAAAGAAUAGAAAAAUGACGAUACAAUUACUUGCAAUUUCAUCACUCUUUCUUAUAUUUUGGUUACCGAUUGCGGUUACUGGUUUAAUUCAACAAUUUUUCUAUCCAACAUUUCUUAUUUAUAUUCAAUUUAAUAUCUUUUUUUAUUUAAUUUAUUUUGUUCAACUUUUUUUGCCUAUUGCUUGUUUAGUUUUUUUACCGGAAUUGAAAAAAACUGUAACUGUGAAAAUUUGUCGAUGGAGACGAAGAACUGCAAUAGGCGAUAUAACAGUUAUACAAAAGGCUUCUACUGUUCGAGCAUUACGCAAUUGA